CAUGCCAUCCCACCAGGAGCUGUGAGAUCUAGAAGCUCAUCUGGUCCUGCCAUGCCACCAGGAGCAACAAGUGCUGCAUCUUCAGCUCCUAAUAACCACACUCGUAUGACUCUGGAAGCAUUAAUGAAUGCUCCUUCCAGUGAACUUCAGCCACACCUCCAUCCGAGGAAACUCAAUGGCGCUUUAUGGAAAUAUAAGUGGUGGCAUCCUUUUGUGCAAAACUACUACUGGGAGGCUCGGUUUAAUGAUGAAGUCUACUACAAAUGGAAAGCGCACACACAGACUACGAUUUGUGGCAAAAUUAGCAAGAAAAAGAGAGAAAACCAAAAGCCCAAGUACAUAAGUAAAGCUGACUGGACCACUCUGCUGGAGUAUUGGUCAACUGAACCGGCAAUCAAGAAGAGUAAGGAUGCGGCUAAAUACCACACAACAAACCCGGAUGGAAAAGGGAUGCACAAGCAUUGUGCAGGUCCUCAAAGUUUUUUGAAGAUCAAGUAUGAUAUGAUGGUGGAGUCUGGUCCUGAUGAACCACCACCUUACACGGAGCUUGUGCGAAAGACACACACAGGAGAUGGAAGAUUCAUUGAUGGUCGAGCUGAGUCUCUUGUCCUUGAAGUAGAGGAAGCCGUAGCACAGAUGGAAACUGAUUCUGUCAGCCAAACCACCUCAACUGCUGCAACUCCUUCUCGCCUUCUCCUUAACCAAGAAUUUCUCAAGCGAAGUAAGACAAGCCGAGGCCGAGUAUAUGGAAUAGGCAGUGUGCAGCACAAAGAUUUCAUUCCUACUGAGUUAGUCCAUGCAUCUCUUAAUCGCAGCAUUGAUACGGACAUGCGUAUGUCCAGUUUGGAGACUAAUUCUGAAGCUGUCAAGAGCAAUGUCGAAACUCUCAAGCCAGACAUGACUGAACUCAAGGGAAAUGUGGUGGCGAUGAAGGGUGAGAUGAAGGAGGAGCUAGUGGCCACAAGAGCUGUACUAUUUGCAUUCCUGGAAAAGUUUGUAGACUCUCGGACUCAUUCUGCUGCGCUUACACCUUCUCCUCCUCCAGCUUUUGUUCCUCCUAAUACCACAAUCCCGGUAAUCUUCCACACCUACACUAACCAAAGACAAUCAAGCUCAAUUAGAUAA